AUGGCAUCUUUCCAAACCAAACGUUGCGCCUCCGGCUCUUGCUUCAAGGAUGGUACUUUGCAUUGCGCUAAGUGCAAGGUUACCUUCUAUUGCAGCAAGACCUGCCAGAAGGAUCACUGGACCAAGCACAAGAAGCACUGCUCUGCUCACAAGCCUAUGCCUGGAGGCACUUUUGAGUUUCUGAAGCUCAACCGCGACACUCGUGAUAAGGUCUAUGAAGGUCUCCUCAUCGCUCGCUUCACACCUGAUCAGCAGGCUAAGCACGACUAUCUCGCUGGUCUCAGGACUACUACCAAUGACUCCUUGGGCAUCAGAAACAGCCUGGAUCAACUUGAAGAGCUCUUGAUGCUCAGCCCCGGCAUGCCACUCUGGGGUGUCGAGGGCUACCAACCUCUCGUCAACGCCCGAGGUCUUCUCAACGCCAACAAGCAGAUCAACGAAGAACUCAUCAGCACUCUGUUCACCAAGAACACUUUUCUGAUACCUGUGGGCGAGCAGUUCCGCUAUCAGAUCACUGGACAGUUGUUUAGCUACAGACUCGCUCCUUCUUCUCUGGCUCAGAUCAAGCAUUUGGUUGUUAGUGUGUCAGCUCAGUCCGAUAUCAAGCAUCCUCGUCACAGUGAUGGUGUUGCUGCUUUGAAGCACAACUUCAACCAUGUCGUCAAGAGUCUCAAUAUGCUUGGUAACACUCUGGAGUCAUUGACAAUCCGCUUCAACAGCUGCUUUCAUGGUGAAGUCGAGGAGUUGCGUGCAUACGUUGAUCCUCUGCUUACCAAUACUACCGCUCGUCCUGUUCAGAUAUUGCGUGAGGACAACACCAUAUUCACCUUCACCCCCAACAACAUCAGACAAUUCUAUACCUCUGGCUUUGAUCUAUGCGAUGCUUUCGAAAAGCUGAACACUCCAGUCAAGAACUUCCAAGUCUACGGUGAUCUUCCUGGCGAGGUUGUCAACCGUCUGAACAGCAGAUUUGGUGUUGCUGCUAAGCAGGCGCUGUCGCUCACAACAACGACGGCAACAUCGAUGGCGGUCCUAUACCUGCUACCUCCAAGCCUCCUUCAUCAACCUCGCCGAUAUCGUCAAGAGUAUGGUGGAAAAGAACCCUGGCGACAAGAAGAUGGCUGA